AUGGAGCUCACCAGAAUCCACGUACGGGGCAAGCGCAAGACGCCCGUAACGAACCGACCUCAAGCGUUGUGCGAACCGCCUGUCAAGGCUCUGCGGACUAAGAAGUCUCUGUCCUCGGUCAUGGCCACUCGAGCAACGCGCCACCGGAGCACGCUCGACUCCCUUCCGGCGGAAAUCCUCGAGAGCAUCCUUCUUUACAGCGCCAAUCUUUCUCUGCCCCGGGUGAGCAACUUCAUUGGCUUCAAGCUCUCCGGGCGGGCUACACUGCUGCGUCUGUUCAUCCUGGCAUUCCAUGAGACGUGGGAGCAGUGGUUCGGCAUUCCGACCGACCCGGCAAUAGUCCACGGACCUUGGCUCCAAGACGCCCAGCAUGUCCCAUGCGGCGGAGAUCCCAUAUUCCAGUCCCAAGUGCUCGAUCAGCCUUGGAUCAGCAUAGAUUUGAUCUUGCAAGCACAGCAGAACUGGGCCGACAAUCAUGGGCGAGGACGCCACUAUCAACACAGUGCUUUCUGGGUCGAUGGUGCUCGAGAAGUUGGCCACGACUAUGACGGGGGAUUCUCUCACUUUAAUGCGCGAGAGUGCUUCGAGGCAGACUACCAGCAAGCGGUCAAGUGGCCAGCUUUUGCAGCCCGAGGGAUCCAUUGGUUUUCUCAAGAUAUCCAUCCUUUGACACGUAUCCCUGAUCGACUCAUUACCGGCCCAUGGGACGAUGAGAUGCAGCGGCAGCUCUUUUGGCUCUGUCGUGGCGGCUACAUGACUUGCGAAAAGCUCUUCAUACAACCCACGUGGGAGGUCAAGAUUGAGCUCAUCCGCAACGCCAUGCUGAAUGCCGAGGUGCCCAAUCUGCUGGCCAUUAACUGCCUUUUCCGCACCUGGGUCUUUGACGGUCUGCCUGCAGACGUUGUGAGAAAAGAGAUCAUUGGACUGGAGCGCCGAAUCGAAUGGGGAGGUGAUCCGACCGAGACUAGAGAACUGCUACGACGGGUCAGAAGCGCCCUUUUCCUCUCGCUGCAUAUGCCAGACCAUAGAGGAGACCUUGUCGCUCGACGGUCUGACAUCUAG